AUGAUAUUCCUUCUUGUUAUUUUCCUUAUUAUUUUAUCCCUUUCAUUUAAUGAACAAUUUCAUCUUAGGGCCAAACGAAUACAACGCCCUAUUAACGUAUACUAUAAGGAUUAUUCUGAAAAAUUAUCAAAGGAGCAAAAAGAUAAAUUAAUGAAAAUACUACUCUAUGGGAAAAACACAGAACCAGAGGAUGAUACAGCAAACUCUAUUGAUAUAAAUAAAAUGUAUGCGAAGGAGAAAGAACUGGAAUCCUUGCUCAAGGGACAGGAGGAAUUGUCCCGACAAAUUCGAAAGGAGUUACACGGAUACACCAGAGGAAACAAACAAAUGUCCAUUAAAUAUAACCAUGGAAUAAACACUACAAACGGAGACGACUCAACGGAUGUGAAAAAGGGAGAAGACCAUUUUGACGUAGAUACGGAAAUUGAUGUCUCCACUGAUUCGAUGAGGGAACCCAUAGUACUAAUUAAGAUUCCAGCAGUUAAUAUUUACAACCAAAUGGAAAUGUUACAUGAUAUUGGGGACUUGAUGGAUUUAAAAAAUGAAGACAUGUUUUACUGA